AUGCCUCAAAGAAGGUGCUGUGUUUCUAGCUGUUCAUCAGCACAAAUUGAUGGUUCAGUACUACAUGCCUUUCCAAACCCAGUAGUGUAUAAAGAAAGGUUUAACAUAUGGGUCAAAAAUGCUGGUGUUGUUGGUGAAGACAAUGACUACAUUUUUAAAAACUGUAGAAUAUGCCGUAAGCAUUUUGAAACAAUCUAUCAUUAUCCAAAAAAUAGAUUGAGUGUUCUAGCUAUACCAACAUUGCAUGUUCCAGGAAUCGUGGAUAGUGUAUGUCAAACAAUAGAACCUCUGGCUGUUACCAACUCUUUGCUUCCAUCUUCUUCAACAUCAGGCCUGUUACACAGCAAAUUGCAGGCAAUUCCGUUAAAUGAACCAUCACCAUCAACCAGUAGUUAUUUUGAUGCUGGAAACAAAACCAACAGAAUGCCUGCUGAUUCUCCACCCAUGAGUAAGAAGCCUGAUGUUAGAAAGAACAUGCUGCGUAAGCCUCUUUCAAAGACUGAAAUUGAGCUUCAAAGUAUUGUUCAAAAAACUCAAUUUGAACUGAAACGCUGCAAAAAAGCUAAGCUUGGACUUGCAGAAAAGUUAAAAGUCCUAAAAAAAUGUUUAGUUUCAGAGGCAUACAAAAUAGUAAUGAAAGACCUGUCACCCGAAGCUAAAACAUUUUUUGAAAUGAUGGUAAGAGAAAGCCAUAAAAAUCCAAAAGGUCGUCGUUUUUCUUUGGAUGAAAAGAUUCUAGCUUUAUCUCUGUACAAACCUAGUCCAAAAGCGUACAAAAUUCUCAGUAAAAUUUGUGUGCUCCCAAAAAGAACAACAUUAAAUAAAUUAAUGAAGAAAAUAUUUUUAUUACCUGGAUACAACGACAUAAUAUUUGAUAAUUUAAAAAAAAGAAUAUCAAGAAUGCGCCACUCCAGUCACAAAUUAUGUACUUUAAUUUUUGAUGAAAUGGCUAUUAAGAGCGCCUCGAAGAAUUCUAUUUUCAUAUUUCAAUUUCAGGCGAAUUCAUUAAAGGUGAUAUAAAAUAAAAUAAAAAUAGCCAUUUAAAAAACCAAAAUUACUAGAUUUAAUAAUAUUAAUUAAAAAACAUUUUUCGAUACUUUGAAGAUAUUACGGUGCAGGAUUUCAAAAAAAAAAAAUAGUCGAUUUUUUGAAUUAGCCUAUAUUUUAUACGUAAUAAAUUUUAAUUAUCUCUAAUUAUAUUGAUUUUGUACUUUUCUAAACUGACGAUUUCCGUUUUAAUUUAAACAGGUUAACCAAAGAUUUUGAAUUAAUUGGGAGUAGUGAGUAGACGAUUAAAUAAAUACACAAACA